AUGGCUCUUAGCAACCCUUACGAUAGUAGUAUAAUCCAAGAAAAGAUGUUAGGAGAUUUACACAUAUGCACCGGUAUAGCAAUAUUGUCUGUUGGUAUAUGGGGGAAGAUAGGUUUGGAUAAGUACAAUGAACUCUCCACAGAUGAUUUCUCUAAUGUACCGUAUAUUCUAAUUGGAACCGGUGGAUUCAUCAUUAUUGUUGGAUUGAUAGGAUGCUGUGCUACAUUCAAGAGUGUUUCAUGGUUGCUUAGAUUGUAUGGUAUACUAUUAUUUGUUGUUCUGAUUGCUGAGUUGGCUGCUGGUAUAUCUGGUCUGGUCUACAGAGAACCAGUAAGUCACUGUAAUUCUAUUUACGAUUACUAUACACAAUAA